AUGGCAUGUAAACUCAGGCCAAAGCAAACGCCUCCCGAUCGCACUCCGAAGAUGGUAAAAGCCAACCGGGAGGAGUCCUUGGUAUAUGCAGAUGCAGCACAAGCUCAAACGCGCGCAAUUGCGGCAGCAUCAAACACAACGCAAAUUGCGGCACCACAACGCAAAUUGCAAUACCACAGCAUCCAAGCGCAACAUCUCUCCUUGACUAUAUCUGAGAAGACAACAUGCUUGAGAUUAACCAAACUGAAAAGGAAGGGCCUAGAACCCUACCACCACACCCAUCGACAAACACAUGUGCUGGCUGGUGCUCUAAUUCCUAAUAGGCUAUUGGCCGAUUCUAUUUAG